AAAAAAAAGCAGUUUAAAAAAAAAAAAAAAAGCUAAAAAUCUUUUUGGACCAUGCGCUCUCUUUCCUACUUGUGCAUGAUGAGAAAGAGAAAGCGACCAACCUUCGCAAUAUUCUCGAGUAAAAGAAAAUCAAAACUCCCCAGCAGAUUAUAGAAGAAGAAGAAGAACCAAACUGAUCUGCAAUAUUUGUUUUUCCUUUUUGUUGGGUGGGUUCACUGUGAGUGCUGAAGUAGAAAAAAGAGGAGGGAGGAGGAUUGGAUUUUGUGUGUGGUUUUGAUAGCGGUGGGUUUGGAUUGGUGGAAUCGAUAGCAGAGGUUAUGAUGAUGAACAAGACAAAUAUGUUGUCGCUAAAUUCUUCGAUGAUUCAUCAGCAGCAUCACAAUCAGCAUCACCACCAUCAUCGUCGUCGUCCUCUUUCUCAUUAUCAUGGGGUUUCUGUAUUUCCGACUAAAUCAUCAUCCAUUUUUUCUUCUGGAAUGAGGUUCCCGUCUCUACAGCUAUGAAAUGAUCUCCCUCAAAUCAUCAUCAUCUACGUCAUCAUCACUCAACAGCGAUUUUCAUGGCCAUAGAUUUCUUGUUCAAGAGCUUGAGGGCAUCCCCAAGAAAGGGAAUAUCCAAUAUUGUUCCUUUUCUCUUAAUGCACAGAUGAAGACAGGAAUUAUUGGGGAAACUCAAAAAUGGUGGGAGAAAGGGCUUCAACCCAACAUGAAAGAGGUGAAAGGUGCCCAAGACCUUGUGGAGUCGCUCUUCAACGCUGGGGACACACUGGUUGUUGUUGAUUUCUUUUCCCCUGGCUGUGGUGGCUGCAAAGCCCUUCAUCCCAAGAUAUGUCAAUUAGCAGAGAUGAACCCAGAGGUGCAGUUUCUGCAGGUGAACUACGAGGAACACAAAUCCAUGUGCUACUCCCUUAAUGUCCGUGUUCUUCCCUUUUUCCGUUUCUACAGAGGUGCUCACGGUCGUCUUUGCAGCUUUAGCUGCACCAAUGCCACAAUCAAGAAGUUCAAAGAUGCAUUGGCAAAGCACAGCCAAAAUUAUUGCAGCCUGGGACCACCAAAAGGGCUAGAGAAGAAAGAGCUGAUUGCUCUUGCUGCCAACAAAGAUCUCUCCUUCAACUACACACCAAAGCCAGAGCAACCGACAUCUGUUCCUCCUACACUAGAAGAGAUCCUAGCAGAAACAGCACAAACCCCGCCUUCUCAUUCAGAGGCAGAACCUUCAGUAUCUCCACCUCUUCCUCUUCCUCUUCCUCUUCCGUUGGCAACUGGUUCAAAUGCAGCUAAAGGCACUGAGGAUAAAACCUUGGUCGCAUCAGGAAGUCGAUUGAGAAGGAUGAGGAUGGCAUCACAGAUCAAGAAGUUCAAAGAUGCAUUGGCAAAGCACAGCCAGAAUUGUUGCAGCCUGGGACCACCAAAAGGGCUAGAGAAGAAAGAGCUGAUUGCUCUUGCUGCCAACAAAGAUCUCUCCUUCAACUACAAACCAAAGCCAGAGCAACUGACACCUGUUCCUCCUACACUGGAAGAGAUCCUAGCAGAAACAGCACCAACCCUGCCUUCUCAUUCAGAGGUGGAACCUUCAGUAUCUCCACCUCUUCCUCUUCCUAUUCCAUUGGCAACUAGUUCAAAUGCAGCUAAAGGCAUUGAGGAUAAGACCUUGGUCGCAUCAGGAAGACGAUUGAGAAGGAUGAGGACUUUUUUCAGUAGAGCUAUGCAUUGUCUUGCCAUUUCCUCUUGUACAGAUUAGAUUUGCUUUGCUUUGCUUUGUGUUGGUGUAUAAUACGUUUAACAAGAUAGCAAACAAAUUACUAAUUAAGGAUAUGUGUGAAAUGCAUGUGUGUUGUCCCUCCUCCAUUUAAGUUGAAUGGCUUUUGGAUUUAUUUUUAUUGGAUCCAAGCCUGCCCAAGUACUGGGAGUGGGGAGGAUACUUGUGAAAGAGCUAAUGGCUUGUAUUGUUUCC